GCAAGAGUACAGUGAACUUGCGGGCAGCCUCGGCGCCGCAUAGUAUGAAAGAAAGCUUGUCCGUGCCAAAAUCGAGCAUGCCUGCAUAAAUACUCCGACUAUGGCCAAUGAGAAUAACUAUUUUUUUUAGUCGAAAAUAGCCACUAUAGAAACGUGAACGUCGAACGUAUAGACCAUCCUUGCAUUUUUUACUGGGAAGCUCAUAGAAGAGGUUACGACGCUCCGGUUCCACAGGAUUACAGAUACUCACGGCCACAAGCCCGUGCCAAGCGUCAUGGUGUGUGUAGGGCGGCUAAAGGAUGACCCUCUAUUUGGAGUCGACUCUCGGUGGAGCUGGAUCACCGCCUUCUUUUGUGCCUGGGUACUGUUCCUGGGCAUGGCGACACCCCGUAUAGCUGGCAUCUUCUUCUACGGAAUCGUCGAGACAUUCGGGGUAACCAGAGCGGAGGCUUCGUGGCCCGUGUCGCUGGCAGGUACCUUCACGGUUAUGGGAGGCCCGAUAGUUGGCUACCUCUGCCAACGUUUUUCGUGCCGGGCCGUCCUCUUAGUGUGCUCGUCUCUGGCAGGAAUUGGGGCGAGUCUGUGCUUCCUGGCGAAAAGUCUGCUAUUUAUCACAAUUUCCUUUGGAUUUGUUCAUGGUGGUGCGUUGUGCGGCUUGUUCGUUUCCUGCAAUGUUUUGGUGGCCCAACACUUUGAGAAACGAAGAGCAACGGCCACCAGCCUAGUGUUCACCGUUUUCGGCAUCAACUCCGUCGUAAUUUCGCCGCUGCUCGAGUUCUUCCGAACAACUUACGGUGUCCGCGGUGCUUUUCUUCUCUACGGGGCGAUUCUCCUAAAUGCGGUUCCAGCCGUUAUUAUUCUCAGAAGCCCGCUAUGGUUGACGAAGCAGAAAACUAGGAGAGUGCCGAAAUGCGAAGAAGAGGACGAAGGAAACGUGUCGUGCGUUUUGAUUGAAUCAGCCAACGCGGACGCAGAUGUCAGCAGUGGAAUGGACAAAGAAAACGAAUCUCAGCGCUCAAAUCAAAUAUCAAACUGUGAUCAAUUGUCACCAUCUUCUGUUAAACACAAAAAUAGCAUCUCCCAUAUCGAGCAGUUCUCACGCAAGAACUCCGUUACACUGAUGGAAGCCAAGAAGGUCCUGCUACCAUUUAGUCUUCCUAAAAUGGCAAGGCAAUUCUUGACAUUGUCUUUUCUUGUUCACGCAUUGUCUUACGCCGCCGUUGUGUUUACAGUUGGCGUCUUUGUCCUGAUUCCGGCAGAUCUCGCCAGUGACCGUGGCCUUAAUCCUUCGAAUGUUGUUUAUUUCCUGCAAGCUUUCUCCGCAGCGGACAUCGCCUUCAGAUCGGUAGUGGGCAUCGCCAUUGAUUCGCGUACCUUAUCAUAUGAAUCGAUCAUGCUACUCGGGUUCGCAGUGCAGGGACUCACUUACGAGUGGCUCGUCUGGGCGAAUACACUACCGCAAAUGAUUACCGCUUCCGCCUUCGUGGGUGCCACGUAUGGGUCAAGAUCGUGCCUCCUGGCACCCGCCUUGGUCAAGGACUUCGGCAUCGGCACGUUGCCGGUGAUUAUGGGUGGUGUGUUCUUCUGCACAGGUGUAUCUCUUCUUCUCCGUCCACCACUGAUCGGGCACUACAGGGACACAUAUGGAGACUACACCGGUCUGCUACAUUUGAUGGCGGCACUCAACGCAUUCUUCGUUUGCAUUUGGACGCUCAAGCUGGUUGAUAAGAGGAGAUCAAAGAAUACGGCGUCACUUCCACCUACUACCCUAAAACAAAACUCUAUAAGCAAGAACAGCAGCGAUUAAUACCAGACUCAAAGAAGUGCACUUACAGAUCAGCAUUGGAAGUGCGGUUCGGACAUGUCAAGCCCAAAUAUUUGGGCUUAAACAACAGCGUGGAAGCGGAGCAAGGAAGUUUUACUUCAUAUAGGCUAUAGGUUCAAUCUAACCGCAUUAAAAACGGAAGAAUGGCGAUAAGAGAGGAGGACGCAGGAGUCACAUUUUAGCCAGGCCAGAAAGCCGCGUGGGUAGGUAAGCAGGGCUUUGUCUCGGAUGAGCAGUCUGUUAACCACGCAUCUGGAUUCGGGGGCCCACAGACUUGGGGGACGGGGGUGUCGGGAGGGUGAGACUCGUCUACACUGCCACGUAGAUCCGUGUAACUGCUUAACUGCUCUGGCAAAUGCAAGUAGACAUAGUGAGACAAGGAACAAAGAAACAAAUUACGGCAGACACAUACCUUAUCUACAAGAAUCAGAAUGGCGCCAGGGCAGAAAUACAAGUAAACCCGAGCCUAAUGGCUGAGCUGAAACGAAGUGUUACCUUGGUCGCCUUUGGUUGAGCUUUGUUUUUCUUCUUUGCUCUUGGUCGGUCCUGAACUUGCUUGGCAAACUGACUACACCUUGGGGGACAUAUUCAAUACCACUGACUGAAUGACGGUUUACUGUUCACGAUCACAAUACGAGAAAUAAUCGUUUAUGGUAAAACUAAAAACGCAGCAUUUCACAUUUGGCAUUCACGCUCAUUGGAGCCAUCGGAAUCCAGAUGGAAAGCUCAAACACUACCCUUUAAAGCGUCACCCAUUAGUGCGUGCAUUUUUGGGGGUAAAUAUAAAACAUACCGUCCUGAGAUUACACGUGUAGUCAGCACGCCCUAAAGUCUAAAUACAAUAUAUCGUAGCAAUAGGUUCACCUGUGAACACUAUUCUUAUUAUUCUCUAAUUAAAAACAUCCAUUCUUAUACAUUUUA